CAUUAGGUCUAUGCUUGGGUUAGGAUUAGGUUAACAUUAGGUCUAUGCUUGGGUUAGGAUUAGGUUAUCUCUGCUCAUUGUUCUCAUCUGUGCUGACUGCUGUCCUGCUUGGUGGGGUGUGGAUAGGACCGGGUCAGGAUGGAGCCGGCGGUGGAGUCCCAGCAGGACCAGGGGACAGAGGGGAAUCUGGGGACAGGGUGCAGGCACAGAGAGAUGGCCCUGAAGUGGUUCAUGGAGACUCAAGCUCCUGUCAUCCUCCAUGAGGGAAAUUUCCCCUCCUGGUUCGAAGGAUUCAUCACCAGAAGAGAUGCGGAAGAGAUGCUGAGAGACAAAGAACUGGGCUGUUUCCUGAUCCGACUAAGUGACAAAGCCAUGGGAUACAUCCUGUCAUACAGAGGCCGUGAUCGAUGCAGACACUUUGUGAUCAACCAGAGUAAGUCGGGCCAGUUCAUAGUGUCUGGAGACACAGAGGAGCAUGAGACCCUGGGAGAACUGAUAGAACACUACAAGACCAGCCCCAUAGAGCCCUUCAGAGAGUACCUGACCUUUUCCUGUCUAGAGUCUUCCAGAGGAGAAGUCUAUGACGUCAUCAAAGUCAACCUCAGAGAGAAGCCGGGGGUCAGUGUGAGAGCUGUGAGGAGCCUGUGGGACGCACAGAGUGACCAGCAGGGUGACUGGACCAGGGAUAAUCCUAGCGACCACGCCGAGGAGCACCCUCCUCCUCCCACACUGCCUCCCAAAAGCAGCAGGAAACCAGAGGAAGAACCCUCUGUGCCAACUGUACCUAGAGUACCACCUGUGCCUAGAAGGGCCAGUCCUUUGAAGAGCAGUUCCCUGGAUUACCACCAGGGUAGUGCUCAGAGAAGGGCGUUGUAUGCCCAGCUGGAGAAGCACAAGGCCAUGAAUCCCCAACCCAGGAGCCUGGAGGGUCUACCCAGAGCUCCAGAAGGAAGGGCUGAAGGCCUGGGUCCUGUAGCCCAACAUCAAACUCCUCCUCAGAGGGGGGGCAUCCCCAGUGGUAAACCUGGAGCCCCAGGCCCUGCCUCAGCCCCUGGACCAGACCCAGGCACAGUCUACUCAGAACUACUCAGCCUGCUGGACUGCAAGAGUAAGUCUCUGCCUCUCCUGGACCUGGAUCCUGACUCAGAGGAGGGGGCCAAUAACUCCUACAGGCUGAGCACACCUUCUUUUACUCCCCUAAGACUCUCUCCCAACCCCACUAAACGGACCACUAGCCCCUCCCUUCUGGACCAGAGCUACCCAUCUGGACCUUCCCUUCUGGACAAGAGCUACCCAUCUGGACCUUCCCUUCUGGACCAGAGCUACCACAAGGAUACCUCCAAGAGACCUCCAAUAAUCAGCCACAGUCUGGAACAUCUAUGUAACAGCCCCAUACCUGCCCUCGUGUAUCAACUGGCAGGUAGACCCAGGGAACAGGAAGGAACCAUGACAUCAUUCAUGACAUCAUCCAUGACAUCAUCACCACAGGAAGAGGAAGAGGUAGCUAACAGUCUGUACGCUGAGGUCCCUUGUGAGCCGGUCCUCCGUCUCCUACUGGACGACACCUACGAACACAUACCAGAGUUAGGACUGAAAGGAUCAGCCAGACCUUAUGAACACAUACCAGAGUUAGGACUGAAAGGAUCAGCCAGACCUUAUGAACACAUACCAGAGUUAGGACUGAAAGGAUCAGCCAGACCUUCUGCUAACAACCACACCUAUGAAUCAGUGGAAGAGCUCAAGUCCAAACACACCACCUCUUCUUGGGGUAUAAAGAAAUGGAGAUGGCUGUUCCCUGAGAGACAGAAGAAAUAAUGGAGAAGCAACCCAUCAACCCAACACUACUGGACACCGCAGUGUACUAUCCCAUCAACCCAACACUACUGGACACCACAGUCUACGAUCCCAUCAACCCAACACUACUGGACACCACAGUCUACGAUCCCAUCAACCCAACACUACUGGACACCACAGUGUACUAUCCCAUCAACCCAACACCACAUUGAACUAUCCCAUCAACUCAACACCACAGUGUACUAUCCCAUCAACCCAACAAUACUGGACACCACAGUGUACUAUCCCAUCAACUCAACACUACUGGACACCACAGUGUACUAUCCCAUCAACCCAACACUACUGGAAACCACAGUGUACUAUCUUAUCAACCCAACACAACAGUGUACUUUCCCACCAACCCAACACUACUGGAAACUACAGUGUACUAUCCCAUCAACCCAACACCACAGUGUACUAUCCCAUCAACCCAACACCACAGUGUACUAUCCCACCAACCCAACACCACAGUGUACUAUCCCAUCAACCGAAUACUACUGGACAGUGUACUAUCCUAUCAACCCAACACUACUGGACAGUGUACUAUCCCAUCAACCCAACACCACAGUGAACUAUCCUAUCAACCCAACACUACUGGACAGUGUACUAUCCCAUCAACCCAACACCACAGUGUACUAUCCCAUCAACCCAAUAUUACAACACACAUUAUUAUUUUUCUGAAUACUUUUGCAGGGUAUCAUUCAAACUGAACUUUGAGCCAUUUAUGAGCUGUCUCACAAUCUAUCAAAGUGCUGGGCACUAUGCAGGUUGAGAACAUCAAAGUUAUUUUAAUGUUAUUUAUUUAAAAAUAUGUAUUUUUUCUACUUUAUCUUUUGCACGAGCGUGGGUGGGUCUUUUAUAAACUACAA